AUGGUUUCGCCAGCGGUUCCCGAGCUCACCGAGGAGCACAUUCACGAAUCGAUCGACGCCAGAACCGACUCGCUGAUCUCCCUGCGCGAACUCGGUCCCCCAGAUCUUGUGCAUCUCCUGAAGCAACCCAAGGGUAACCAGGGCAAGCAGAUUGGUGUCUAUCACCACGUUACUGGUGUCGAGGCCUCCUCUUCUGCCAGUCUCGCCGCCUACAUCAAUACUCUGACGUACCGAGAGCAUGGCCCGUCGGCGCAGAUCAAGAUUGUCGAGGGGCUCUACUGCUGUUACAAUGCCUUUUCCCGACUCGACAUGCGCGUGCACGUCACGAUUCCCGGUUCGGUCGAAAGCUACUGCGUAGAUGAGCGCGGAGAGAAACGCAAGGCCACCGACGAGCUCUGGCUUGAGACAUAUCUCUGCAGCGUCUUGCGCGCCUACUCGUACGCGGACGACGGAAGCGGAGAGACGAUUCGCAAGAUUAUGGGUGUGCGCCGCUUCAACCCCGUCACAAACACCGAGACGGAACACCGGUUCCUCAAUGCUGCCGAGCAGCUCUUCUUCCGAGUACCCAACAGCGUCUCGAACCACCUCACGACGGGCCUUCUGAAGUACUUCCAGACCACCGGUCGCUAUGCAUCCGGCAUCAACCUGUUUGAGAAGCUGCGCACCCAAAACGUCGAGGUCUCCUCUCUUCUCGCCAAGGUUCUAUUCAUGGGCAACGAAGAAGUGCAGGGCAUUCGUGUUCUCCACCAGGCUCUCAAGGAAUCUCCGAUGGACUACGUGAUGCUCGACACGCAGGCCGAGUUUCUCCUAAAGAAGGCCGAGUCUGCGGCCACCCCUGAGCAGAAGGAAGAGCGUCUCCGCAUGGCGCUAGGAUGCGCGGACCGCAGCACAAUAGCUGCGCCCAGCGAGUUCGGCACGUGGGCUCGCCUGGCGCAGGUCUACGUUGCCAUGGAGGACUGGGAGAAUGCGUUGACGAUUCUCAACUCGUGUCCCAUGUUCACCUACCAGGACAAGGAUGCGCCGCAGAUGCCAGAACCAAAGGAUGUUCACCUCCCGACACUGCCAGAGACACGCCUCGACGAGAUUGACAGCGAGCCGGAAUCAAGGUACUCUGAGCAAGUCGAUCCUAGCCUGCUGAACCUUCGUGCUUCAGUGUACAAGGGAACCUUUAAACAGGCGUACAGCAUUCUCACGGAGAUGGCGCAGAAGAUUGGCUGGGACCAGCUCCUCAAGAUUCGAAGCACCGUCUUCGUCAUGGAGGACGAGUAUCGCACCGAGAAGCAGGAGUCGACGCAGCCGAACACCAUUAAGCGUACCGCCAGCACCGAUGGUCUUCGAGGCACGCCAGAUCCGACAACGAACGGAGAGCAGACCGACGACGAGGACGCCGUUGACGAGAAGAAGACUGCAGGCGACGCACCAGAGCCUGUCAAUGGGGAGGCCGUUGACGGUGGUGCCGCCGCGGUUGAAAAGCCCACACACGCUAUUGACCCCGGCGAGGUCAAGGCUGACCCUGAGGCUAACGAUGAGCAUCUCUCCAAGCUCAACAACAAGCGUCUGUGCGAGCGCUGGCUGGACAGCCUCUUCAUGGUGCUCUACGAAGACUUGCGCGUCUACACCAUCUGGCGCACGCAGAUGGCGCAGUACCGCGCGCAGUCGAUGCAGUACCGCAAGUCGGCGGAGGAGUGGGAAAUUCUCGGGUCGCUGGCAGAGCGCCUCCAGCACAUGGACGAGGCAAUGGAGGCCUACCGAUCAUGCUUGGCCGCAAGGUUCAGCCCCAAGGCGCUGGCCGGCAUCCUGCGCGUUUUCGAGCGCAACAAGAACACAAGGGAAGCCGUCGCGGCAUUUAUUCGCUUGGUGACGUGGCAGUACAGAUGGUAUUCCGAGUUCUCCCCCGAGCUGCUCCGCACCGUCCGCUCGCUCAUUGAAGAUGAGGGUGCCGUCAAGGUGCGGAGCAUCAUCCAGGCCACGAGCAUGCCUCAGAACGUUCUCGACCUGACGCAUCACUACGCGGCAUUGUGCGCCAAGUUCCGCAGCAGCGGCACCGACGGUUAG